AUGCUGAACUGGCUGCCUUGGGUGCUCAUGAUGCAUCGACCGGGAUACAUAGCCGCAGGUAGAAAAAUGACAAAAGAAGGCGACGAGGACGAGCAGAGCGAUAAAAAGAACGUCUGCAUUGACUCCAUCCUAUCGAAAAUGGUUACACCUGUCCCACCAAAGCUAACCGUCGUUGAUGAAGUCGAGCAACAGCCGGCCGAGGAGCGGCGUCACCUUUGGCGGAAGGGCUCUCGGUUACUUCCAGAACGUUCCAUCGUUCCGAUUAAUGAGGUGAUUACUGCAGAAAUCCGUGAAAAGGAGCGAAACAAAGAUGUUGAGGAUGACUGGAAAUUUGCAGCGAUGGUGGUCGACCGACUUUGCCUUUAUGUUUUCUCUUUUUUUAUACUGCUAUCAACUUGUUCUCUAUUUUCAUCUGUUCCAAACCUCAAAAGCUUUUCGUAA